ACAUCCGGGAAUCCGCGCCGGCCGUUGCCGGGGUAACCGGCCGGCGGGGUCGAAUGCAGCGGCUGGUUCGAGUGCAGGAGAUGCAGCGCGCUCUAGUGCAUGAGACGCAGCGCUUCGAUCAGGAGUCUCCAAGCCUCUUCCCACACUCACACCCGGUGCCCGGACGGUGGAGGUGGACGUAUCUCACCGCCACCCCGCUACCGAGGAGCAGAAGCUUUGUCAGACACCGGAGAGGACCGAAGCAGGGAGGAGCGGAGAUGAGCAGCCGGCCGGGGACUGCACGGGAGCCUGACCCUUCGCUUUCCCCUGCGGCCACCGCAUUCCUGACGGUCCCUGCAAAAAGACCCGCAUCCGUGAGCGCGCGAUGGCAGCUCUGUUUCUGUGCUCUCCCGCCCGGCUCGCUCUCUGACAGUGGGCCCCUAGUUCUUUUCUUUGCUGCUCCUCUUUUACCGGCCACCCACUUCUGCUUUUCCUCUUAUCUGCACCACCUCUUAAGUAGAUCGCCUCCGUCCUGUCCGCAGAAACCGCUCAACUGUCCCUUCUCCCAGAGUCUUUUCCCUCCUGUCUUUGGGGGUAGCUGCAAGAGUCCUCCCUCCCCAGGACCAACUGAAAAGAAGGAUGUUCUCUGUGUGACAAGGAUAUGGCAGACAUCUGAGUGUAGAGAGUGAUCCCUGGCAGCAGCCACCAAGUGCCAGGGCUUCAGCAAGGAAUUAAGCCGUGAAUGACCUCUGUGAGACUUGGGGGUUGUUCCUUCUCAGAGCCUCUCAAUAAGAGACUGGCAUCCUGCUGUCUGCUGUGAGACCCUAAAGACCUGGUUGAGUUCCCUGGACGUGUGACCCACAGACUAGAGAUAAUGAAUGGUUGCUGGACUGCGAAGAGCCCGCUGGUUUGGAGAGCUUACUGCUCUUGCGAGAGGACCUUGUGGACUUGUAAAGGUUCAGUUCCCAGCACCCACGUGGCUCACAGCUACCUGUAACUCCAAUUCCAGACAGAAUUAUAGAUACACAUUUUCUAGAUUAAGAAAUUUUAGACAUUUUAAAGUUUUUCCUCUUGUAUUGCUAAUUUGCCUUCCAUAAGCUUUGUACCAAGUUAUGUACCUCCUAACACCUGUGUAUAGUUCUCUGGAAAACACUAAACGCUAUACUUCUCAUAGGCAAAACCAAAAAUCUAAAGAAGACUAAUUUAUUCUUAUCACUCAUAGGAGGAUUCUUUAGGGAAAGGCUUAUUACUUAGUCUAACUGUUGACAUUGAGGAAAUAUUCUCUAACUCAUAGGACAGCAUUGUUGAGCUUAACGUGUUCAAGGUGGAUAUGAACACUGAGCUUAUUAAAAGCAUCAGCAUUUUCAGUAAAUAUCAGUUACUGCCACGACUCCAUGAACAGCCAGCACCAGCCAAUAUCUGUGGAAGGCUGGAUAGCAUUCCUUUAUUAACCGGGCAGUACUGAUGUUUAUACUUUUCUUGGGGAAAGGUCUGAUUUGUCUGGUUUACAUCCCAUAUUUGAUUGUUUUAGGAAUUUGUUGUAUAUUGCUAUGGAAAUUUGACUUUUGUUGUUGAAGGAAAUUAAAUUGUU